AUGAGUAGAAGUCAAGGAAGAAAUCCAAAUCAAGGCCAAAGUUCUGUAUCAGCAGAAAACCUGCCCCAACCCUCACCGGAUGUCACUACACUUGAGGAUAGUGUCAUUUCUCAGCCCAAAGACGGAGAUCAAAAUGUCGUUCCCCGGAGGCCGGCGUAUGGGGAUCAGAAAGAAGAAGACGUCAAACUUUGGGCUAACUACUUUGAAAUCAAGGCUGACAAGCGUAGCGACCUCUACAUCCAUCAUAUAUCCUUUUUAGAUAAGGCCAGAGAACCUAAAGGGAGAAAACUUGCCCGCGUCGUCAAGCUGCUUCUCGAUCAAAACGAAGAUCUGAAAUCACUCUGGGUGGUUACCGAUUUUGCUAACACACUCGUCUCACGCGAAAAGCUUCCAGAAAAAUCAUUCGAUGUGCGCUACAACGAUGAAGUCAACGUUCGAACGGGCGAUAAUGCGGUAACUUACAUCGUAAAGAUUGAAUACAAGGAGACGUUGUCUAUUGAUUAUCUGGUUCAAUAUUUGAAAGAUCCUACAAAGCCCUGUUCAACGGAAGUCCUAGGGAAGAUCGUCCAAGCACUUAAUAUCUUUAUAAACCAUUGCCCUCAGGACUCGAAAGAUUAUAUCACGAUCGGCUCAAGCAGAUCUUUUCCUUUAAGCCGAUCUUCCCGUACACGUCUACCAUAUAGCUGCUUCGCAAUCAAAGGGUAUUACUCCAGUAUCCGAGUUGCUACUUCGCGAAUCCUCGUCAACAUAAACGUCACCCAUAGCGUAUUUCAUGAUAAGGCACGCCUAGAUACAAUAAUGUCUGAAUUCAUUAAAAAAUGGGAUGACAAUACGGCUACUUUCCAAAAGUUGGCGGCUUCCCUUAAAGGAGUCAGAAUUGAAUAUGGUUAUCUAAAAGACAAGGCAGGUAAAAACAUCCGCCGGGUAAAAACCAUAUUUGGUCUUGCGUCGCCGGAGGAUGGCACGGCAGACAAAGACACGACUAAAAAGCAGCCGCGAGUACCCAAGUAUGGAGCCAAGGCAGACGAAGUUGACUUUUGGUUCAAUAACAAAUACAUCACCGUCUUUGAGUUCUUUAAAACAGUACACAAAAUAACGGUUGAUAACACCUUGCCACUUAUCAAUAUUGGAUCGAGUGAGCGUCCAACAUACCUCCCACCAGACCUCUGCUAUGUGCUAUCCGAUCAGAGGGCAAAGAUAGCUCGAUACGACAAUGAUAUGAUUUCCCACAUACCUAAAUACAAGCCCUGGGAAAAUGCGAGGGAUAUUGAACAAGGUGGUUUGAAGGCUAUUGGCUUCUCAGGGGAAGACGAUGGUAACAAGAAGAGACGAGACAAGUUUGGACUUUCGAUCGAAAAGCCUGAGUUGAUCACUGUUCACGGUCGCGUCCUACGUCAACCAACCAUUAGGUAUAAUUCAGGCGAUACAAUACGCGCGAUUCGAUGGAACUUAUCAAAGGUAAAGCUCGGGUCUUCAGGUUCCAAAAAGCGCUGGUUAUGUGUGGCUAUAAAUCCCAUUCCAAACACAUUGAAGAAAGAUAUAGAGACUGCCCUUGUGAUGCUCCAGAGCAAGUUGAAAGAAGACGGCGUAUACAUUGAAGAUCCGGAACCGCCAAUCUUCGCAACUAUACCCAUCGGAGACCCUAACUCUAAGACAACACUUAGAGAGGUAUUUACAUCCCGUGCCAAAGAUGUCGACUUCUUUCUCGUCAUCCUACACUCAAAAAAUUCUCUUACGUACAACUACGUCAAGAGACUCGGCGACAUAGAGUGCGGCGUCCCGACCAUCUGCCUCGUAAAGAACACUCUUAUCGCGAAGCCAGGUGACGAUGAUAUUGGGAGGCAUAUACGGAAUUUUUCUGGAAACCUCGCCCUGAAGCUCAAUCUGAAGUUCAGCAACAAUAACCAGAUCGUCGAUCCGAAAAAUCUAAGUUCCAUCCUCAACCCGAAAGAUACGAUGAUCGUAGGGAUUGACGUCACUCAUUCUCCGGUUCCAGACCAGCCUAGCAUCGCAGGCAUGGUUGCCAGCGUCGACGGGAACCUCGGGCAGUGGCCUGGAGUUCUGCGGCACCAGGGGGAGCCGCGCGUUGAGAUGGUGACGCACCUGCAAGAGAUGCUCGAGACUCGCCUUAAGCUCUGGAGCUCGAGGAACAAGUGCUAUCCCAAGAACAUCCUCGUUUACCGCGACGGAGUCUCCGAAGGCCAGUAUAAGCUUGUUAUAAAGGAAGAGCUUCCAAAGUUGAAAGCUGCAUGUACAAGGCUAUGCAAUCCAACAGCCAUGCCGAAGCUUACCAUCGUCGUCGUGGGCAAACGACACCACACCCGUUUUUACGCCGGAGACAACAAGGGCAACCCGAGUCCGGGAACAGUGGUCGACCGCGGCAUUACAGAGGCUCUCAACUGGGAUUUCUUCCUCCAGUCCCAUAAACCAAUCAUAGGCACCGUCCGUCCGGCCCAUUACUUCGUCGUCCACGACGAGAUAUUCAGGGAUAAGUUCAAAGGAGCCGAGGCGGCCAACAUGUUAGAAACUUUUACUCAUUCCCUCUGCUACAUAUUUGGGCGGUCGACCGGUCCCGUUAGCAUAUGCACGCCGGCCUAUUAUGCGGAUAUCGCCUGCGAUCGCGCUCGUUGCUACGUUGCUGCUGGUACUACCCACGCCGCAGCUUCACAAGCUCAGAUUCCUGGCAGCGAAGGCCUUCUUCUCCAUCCAAAUAUGAAGGAUAGUAUGUUUUACAUUUGA